CUGCUGCCUCUCUGCUUUUCCUCUGCCUCAGCGCCUUCCUCCCUCUCAUCCAAUCUCCCCCCUUCCAGUUUUCUUUCUGUCCCUGUUCCGACACUACUGCUGCUGCUUCUUCCUCUCUGAUCGCUUUCCUACUUUAAUCUCCGUCUCUCUCUCUCUCUCUUAAAAUAUUCACUUUCAGCUGCUCCCGCUCUGUCUCUUCUUCUCCGUAGCUUUUAUCUGUUUUACACUGUCCCUUGUUGUGUGUUCUCUCUGUCCCAUUCCCUUCUGUUAUUUACACUUUCCAUUCACUUUUCUCAUCUCGUUCAUUUUGUUGUUGUGCUUUACCCCCCGCCUCUCAUGUCUCUAUACUCCCUCUUGUAUUUACUCUAUUAUGUCCUUUGUUCUACUUUAAUUUAGUCUUUUAGCUUUCCUGUCAAUCAACUUUUCAGUUUCACAGCUUUAUUUGGACUUUUUCUUUAUCCUUUUACCCUUUUUUCCAUCCUUUUUUUCCCACUUUUUCUCCUUUAUUUUUUCUUGCCUUCAGACUCCCUUCUCUCUCCUGCUUCUCUUUUACUCUCAAGUCCAUUUUUCCCCUUCUCAUCUGGGGGGACCCAUUUUGCCUCUCCCCCACUCCAUUCGGCACCAUAGCUCCUACAGGCCGUGCCCCCCGACCCCUGGCCCCCUUUGGCCUUGGGAGGAAGACUUUGGUGGCUGUGGCAAUUGGUGUGGUGAUGGUCCUUAUAUUGGUCAUCCUCAUUCCUGUAUUGGUCAGCUCUGUGGGGUCUGAUGGCCACUACGAGAUGUUGGGCACCUGCCGCAUGGUGUGUGACCCCUACCUUAGCAAAACGGGGGUCACAACUACCAGUACCAGCCUCCGUGCAGGAACUGGAGCUGAACCCCUAAGUGACAGAGGACAGUCGGCCCCUUCUACCUUGGUUCAAGGUCCUCAAGGCAAAGCUGGACGUCCAGGCAAACCAGGGCCACCCGGAGAACCUGGAGAACCAGGGCCACCAGGUCCAGUUGGACCUCCAGGAGAAAGGGGAGAACCAGGCAAGCCCGGACCACCAGGGCUGCCAGGAGGAGGGGUGAGUGGUGCCAUUAGCACAGCCACCUAUACCACUAUCCCAAGGAUUGCUUUCUACGCUGGCUUAAAGCACCCUCACGAGGGCUACGAGGUUCUCAAAUUUGACGACGUGGUUACAAACCUUGGAAACAACUAUGAUGAGGCAACAGGGAGAUUUAGCUGUACUGUACCAGGCACUUACUUCUUCACCUACCAUGUCCUCAUGAGAGGCGGCGAUGGCACCAGCAUGUGGGCAGACCUGUGUAAGAAUGGACAGGUCCGUGCAAGCGCCAUUGCUCAAGACGCUGACCAGAAUUACGACUAUGCCAGUAACAGUGUCAUACUACACUUGGAUGCAGGAGAUGAAGUCUUUAUUAAACUAGAUGGUGGAAAGGCCCACGGGGGAAAUAACAACAAGUACAGCACCUUCUCUGGGUUUAUCAUCUACUCAGACUAAGGUUUUACCUCCAAAGAAUGGCACCAGAUUCAUCUCACUCCCAGGAGAAGAGCAGCAUGGAGAUAUGUUGGAUAAAUGCACAAAUGAUAUCUACCAAGCAACUCUCUCUCACUUCUCCUCUAAUCUUCAGUCUUAUGUCUCUCUUUUUUGCUUUAUCUGAUCAACCCAAGUUCUGUAUUUUCAUCUCCAGCCUAACUGUGCCCACAGCUUGCCCCACUUUCAGCCAACCAAAUCCCACCCUGACCUGUGGAAGUCAAAUAAUAUGUCUUUUCCUCAAGCGUUAUGCUUGUGUCUCUCUGCUAUGUUCCUCUUCUUCCUGUACUGUGACAAUGGGAAUAUUAGAUGUUGUUGUAAGUUGUACAUAGGACUUAACUUUAACCUUGGAAGCAGUGCAGAAGACCUACUGUACCGUUCAUGCACCUUUAUCUUUCAGAGGGAUAGGUCUAAUAUACUGUUGCUUAUCAGAAUAAAACAAUUGGUUAUACCCAGUGUAUAUAUUGAAAUAAACUAUAGCACUUUU